AUGGCAACGAGUCGCAUCAGAGAAAGAGACAACAAGAGGCCAAACGAAUCCGCUCUCGAGGACGACUUGGACGUCGGCGACAACUAUGUGCCCUACGUCCCUCUUGCAAAGCGCCGCGCGGAAAAAUAUCAAAAGCUCGUCUCCAAGAAGGGCGGCGUUCUCGACUUUGGAUCACACGGCACCUCCAGUGGAUACGGAAGCGAUCAGAACACCACCAACCGCAGCAGAUCCAAGAACGACGGCGGUCGCAGCGAUUCCAACAACCCUAGUGACGACGACGAUGAUGAAAAGGUUUCUAAAAUCGGACCUCGUGCGGGUGUCAGUUUGAUUGAGCAGUCGGUCGAGAUCCGGAAGGCGCAAGUCAAUGCAGAGGAACAGAAGACAGAUGCACAAAAGACCAUGGAGGAGGAGGCCAAGAUUUUGGCGGCUGUCACGGAACGGAAACAACUAGCAUCUGUGGAGGAGAUCUCGAAGGGAAUCGUUUACAAGGACCCAAUCAAGACCACAUGGACUCCGCCACGGCAUAUUCGUGAGUUGACUCAGGAGCAACUGGCGGCGAUUCGACAGAAGUACCACAUCGACGCGGAAGGAGAGGAUAUGCCACCAGUAAUCAAGGCCUUCAGGGAUAUGAAAUUCCCGCAGCCAGUAAUGGAUUAUCUGAAGAACAAAGGAAUCAAAAUGCCCACGCCGAUUCAGAUGCAAGGAUUGCCUGUGGCGCUCUCGGGGAGGGACAUGAUCGGUAUCGCCUUCACAGGAUCGGGAAAGACGCUUUCGUUCACACUUCCAUUGAUCAUGCGGGCACUUGAAGAAGAAACGAAGAUGCCCUUGGCUAAGGGCGAAGGACCUAUCGGAAUGGUCGUCUGUCCAUCUCGCGAGUUGGCAAGACAGACUUAUGAAGGCUUCGUUGGAAUCGCCGACAUACUGCACAAAGGAGGGUAUGCAAAAAUUAACAUACUACUUUGCAUGGGAGGAAUCAAUAUGCAGGAACAGGCAUCCGUCUUGCAUAGCGGUAUUCAUGUCGUGGUUGCGACACCAGGACGUCUUCAGGACAUGUUGGCGAAGAAGAAGUUCAAUUUGAACUUGUGUACAUAUAUGUGUAUGGACGAGGCUGAUCGAAUGCUCGACAUGGGAUUCGAAGAGGAGGUGCGGAACAUUCUGUCGUAUUUCAAACACCAGCGCCAGACGAUUCUUUACUCAGCGACUAUGCCCAAAAAGAUCCAGGAUUUCGCUCGCUCGGCUCUUGUGAAGCCCGUCACUGUAAACGUAGGCCGUGCAGGAGCUGCCAACUUGGAUGUCAUUCAGGAGGUCGAGUACGUGAAGCAAGAGGCCAAGAUCGUAUAUCUGCUUGAAUGUCUACAAAAGACGCCGCCACCAGUGUUGAUCUUUGCAGAGAACAAGAACGAUGUCGAUGAUAUUCAGGAGUACCUGCUGCUAAAGGGCGUUGAGGCAGUGGCUAUCCAUGGGUCCAAGACCCAAGAAGAACGUGAAUAUGCCAUCAAUGCGUUCAAGAGCUAUCAGAAGGACGUUCUAGUCGCCACAGAUGUUGCAUCCAAGGGUUUGGAUUUUGCGGAUAUUCAUCAUGUUAUUUUGUUUGACAUGCCGAAGGAGAUCGAGGAUUAUGUACACAGGAUCGGUCGCACUGGUCGUUCGGGAAAGACGGGUAUUGCAACGACAUUUAUCAACAUGAACUCAUCAGAGCAGAUCCUGCUGGAUUUGAAGCAUCUGCUGAAGGAAGCCAAGCAAAAGGUGCCGCCGGUUCUGGAGGCACUAGAGGAUCCUACAGAGAAGUAUAAGGACAUGGGCGUUGCAGGCGGGUGCGGCUACUGCGGUGGUCUGGGUCAUCGUGUGACAGAGUGUCCCAAGCUGGAGCAGCAACAGAAGACUAAGAACAGCGGCAUGAUGCGGCCGAACGAAAGGGCAGGCAACGAGAUGUAG